GGCCUGCAAGAGCAGAACUUCAGCCCUUUGCUCCUCCUUUGAGAUACAUCAGGUAAAUGACAGAGCCCUUUACAAGGUCUAAGGAGCCUUCACGUAAAACCAUUCUACCUAUUGACCUCACCUUGCUGGUGGUAGAGAAAAGAUCUCACAAUGAAAAGGCACAAAGGUUUUCUGUGGUAUACUCUGUUUUUCUCUCUAUUGGACUAAGAAGAACACUUAAAUAGCUAUCUUUGGAAGAGAAUGUUUCAGAUACAACAUAAUUAAACCAGUGUUUAAUGAUAAAUAAUCCAAGCUGUCAUACCCCUGGAGAGGUAUAGAAGGGAGGAUUAAACAUUUAGCAUAAUUUUUAUAAUUUCUGACAUUAUAACUGUAUUUAAAAAUCUUCUGAAAGCAGCCACAGACUGACUUAGUCCACUCUGUUCUACUAGUUGGCCUUAGUCUAGAAAACAGAAUAGAGAUAUCUUCUCUCCGAGAUUACAAAACAAGUAGCCUGUUAGAAAUUAGAUAUUACUUCUAGAUUUCCUGCCGUGUGCUCUGACAGUUAUUCCUACCCUUUUCUCCUGAGUUGUCCUACAAAGCUCAGAAGUUUUAACGUUAUUCUUUGACUGACAUCAUAAAGCUUGAACCUUUAUCACAUGGGAAAGUCAAUGGCAUUCAGCCACAGGCAUACGGAAGACUGUCACAAAAGACUUCCAGCCAGCUGCUGUGGGUCCUGGAACAGACCAAGUGACUCUUAUUCAGGAAUACAAAAAACAAUAAGGAGGUUUUCCAGAGAUACAAUCCAGGUUGAAACUAUCUGUAUACAGUAACUAUUUCAAUGGUAUUGAUUUAGGAACCAGUGGAAGCACUGUCACUUUUCUCCUUCAGGCCCCUAUUGAUUGCCUACCAUAUCAUGAAGCAAGCAACUGCUAGUUCUCAUCAUCCUGCAGUUACUGAAAUGCUAAUAAGAUUUGGGCAGAGUGACCCUGAUGAGCACUCUGCAAUUCUCCAGAGGCAGGAGAACUUCAGUGUAAUAUUAACAGUUCAUGAAUAUGCAAGCAAGAAUGCAAAUUAAAUAGUAACUACUCAUUUCAGAGGAUAAGCAAGAGGUGGAGUUCUGUGUGCCCUGUCUUCCUAAAGAAAUUGUUUGCUUCUUAGUUUGAGGCUUACAUUAGUAGCCGACAAAACGAAGAGGAGUUUCCAAACAAGCAUAGCAUAGGAGCUUUGCAGCCUUCAUAGGAUUACUGGGGCUGUUUCUGGGAAGAAAGAAGCUUGACUGGACAGACAAAGAAGGCCUGCUGAUUUCCAUAAGGACACAGGAUGUAUGGAGCUUGUUCAGAAGGAUGACUAUCAAGACGUUUCCAGCUGGAUUCCGGUACCUGUUUCCAGAGAGGUCUAUCAUAGCAUCAUAAUCUGAAUGUACAGGAAGCCAUUUGAAAAGUUUACAGGUACCCUACUCUUUGGAGGAGUCAUUUCUGUCCUAAGGACACCCACACUGCAACAGCCCAUGAAGAGCAUCUUCUGUUUGAUGUGCUCAUAAGAGAAAAGUGAUCUUUCCCAACAAAACAUAAGCUGUUUUUCUCCAUCUCAAAGCAUCUCCUGGAAUAGUUGGAUCAGUUCUGUGCAUUGGGAGACCUUUGUCUUAUUUGAAUCAACAUGGAAAGGAAUCUUAAGAAUGUUUUGGUCAUUUCUUUUGGAUUUUUACUUCUCUUCACUGCUUAUGGAGGACUCCAGAGUCUACAGAGCAGUCUCAACUCUGAGGAAGGCCUGGGUGUUGCUUCCCUAAGCGUUCUCUAUGCUGCUCUUAUCGUCUCAUCCAUGUUUCUGCCCCCAAUUCUCAUCAAGAAGCUGGGCUGCAAGUGGACCAUUGCAGGCUCCAUGUGCUGCUACAUUGCCUUCUCCCUGGGGAACUUCUACGCUAGCUGGUACACACUAAUCCCUACCUCUGUGAUCCUGGGCUUAGGAGGAGCACCACUCUGGUCUGCCAAAUGCACUUACCUCACCAUUGCUGGCAAUUCAUAUGCUGAGAAAGCAGGAAAAAUUGGGAAAGACAUUAUCAGCCAAUACUUUGGGGUCUUCUUUCUGAUAUUUCAGUCCUCUGGAAUCUGGGGAAAUCUUAUUUCAUCCCUGAUACUUAGCCAAUCUUCCAGCAAAGUGGAAAUCUCAGAAGAUGACCUGGCAUGCUGUGGGGCGUAUGAUUGCAUAAGCAAUACCGCUAACACCACUGCCUUGGCAGAACCCUCUAAGUCCUUGAUCUACACUCUGCUAGGGGUCUACACUGCUAGUGGUGUGCUAGCUGUGUUGCUGAUUAUUAUAUUUCUGGACCAGAUCAAAUCUGAACAAGCAGAGAAUGAGAAAGAAAUACAAAAGACAUCAUCCUUUUGGUCUACGUUCCUAGCAACUUUCCAGCAUCUUAAAGAUAAAAGACAGUGUCUUCUAAUCCCUCUGACAAUGUACAGUGGGUUUGAACAGGGAUUUCUUGCUGGUGACUACACAAAGACUUACGUGACCUGUGCCCUGGGGAUUCAUUAUGUUGGUUACGUGAUGAUCUGCUUUUCAGCUGUGAAUUCCCUCUGUUCUCUGCUCUUUGGAAAGAUCUCUCAGUUCACGGGUAGAAAAUUUCUAUUUGCAUUAGCCACAGUUACGAACGCUGCCUGUAUAAUAGCACUACUGCUGUGGAAACCUCAUUCUAACCAGCUCGCCGUGUUUUUCAUAUUCCCUGCUCUUUGGGGCUUAUCGGAUGCCAUUUGGCAGACACAAACUAAUGGUCUCUACGGCGUUUUAUUUGAGAAACACACAGAGGCUGCUUUUGCAAAUUACCGUCUCUGGGAAUCGUGUGGAUUUGUCAUUGCCUUUGGUUACAGCACCACACUGAGAGUCUACAUUAAGCUGUACAUUUUACUGGCUGUGCUUAUAUUGUCUAUGGUGACAUAUGGAGUGGUUGAGUACCUGGAAGCUAAGAGAUCCCCUGGGACAUCUGCUGCUACAGAAAAGGAAAACGAGGGACCUCGCACCCAGGAAACACGUAUCUAACCCAUCAUAGCCAGAGUAAUCAAGGCUAUCUCCUAUAGGCAGGUCUCCACAGGUGUUCCAAAUGUGUACUGCCUCCAGGCAGAGGGUAAAGGAACAGAUUUUGGGGCCAGUAAAAUACAAAUGUCUUAGGAGUAAAAAUUUCUUUUGACAUUUCAGCCUUAUAAAAGUAGAUCAUCUGACUUUUUUCAUAAAACUAAAUGUCUUAUAUAAUAUAUAUAUAUAUGUAUUUAAUUAAUAAAGUCUUGAUAAAUGUA